AUGAAUCGCAGUGGCAGGACUCUCCAAGAGCCCAUCGAUCUGACCGGCUUCACGUCGGACGAAUCGGAUGCGGUCGCUAGCAGUCGCAUACUACCAAAACCUCCGAACCAAUCUGUUCGAGCAUUACAGCCUGGCUCGUAUACGCGUGGGAUCAUCAACCCACCCAUAUUGGGUCGAAAUCUAUUGUUUCCUGGCCCGAGCGAACAUGCUCAAAUGCUUCGCCACGCGGGCACGGAACCAAGUAGCACUCCAAGGGAGAAUCCUAGGGAUCACAUGCCCUCGAUGACCUCCACAGCUAGGACAAACAACAAAAGCGCGCCCAGAUUCUCCCAAGAGGGCAUGUCUUCAUUUCAGAUUCCAGUGCACUCAUCCCAGAAACGCGUCACGCAUCAGACGCCGCGAAGACUGGAAUGGACAGUGCCUCAAAUAGAGGAGGCAUUGCGUGGGCUUUCCAACGAUAUCGGGAUUCAAAGUGCGAGGCGCACAAAUCGACUUCUUUUAACCUCUUGGAGAGAGGCGACCCCCCAAAACGUGUACACUCCUACCAAAAAUUGGUUCUCUGAUAUGCAGCCAAUUCCCGUUGAGGCUGGCAAGGACACCCUCAAGCUAAAGGCUAAGCAAAUUGGCCCAGGUCGCACGGGAAAGCAAGAGAAGCGUGAACAUUACCAGGUCACGGGCAUAAAAACGAACAAGGAAGCAGUUCCGAAAUACGACUUCCACUAUGUUGAGAUAUCCAAGAACAUAUUGUCACCGAACACAAUGUUGGGUUUUGUACCUCACUUGCGAGACUUGGCAGACCAUGAGGAAUCCAAGUACAGAUUAUGGCUCAAGGAGUUAGAAAGUAUGGACAAGAUUUCCGGUUUUCAAACAUCAAGUCGACAGGACAAGGUGCGGAAAACUUUCCAAAAGGAACGAGCGACUACUCUACUGCUCCAUCUUGAGACCUGGCUGAGGAAGCUCUCCAUCGAUGGCUGCACGAAAGCAGCGCUGAUUCAACACAUGGCGAGCCAAACAAAUGCUGUGACGCCUCAACAAAAGUCAAGCAUCCUUCAUUCCUACGGCGAUGGGAGUGAUUCACAUCUUUCCAAGGCGGUCAGCUUGUUUACUGAGGCAUUUGAUAAAGUGUUCAACGACCAAAACGCGUGGGAAGAAGGAGCCGUGUCCCUCCGAGAUGUCCUGCUCCUUGACAGCUCUGUGGACUCUGUUGUCGACUCCAAGAAGAAUCUCAAGGACACACCGAGUCAAGUCAGACAUAUCGAAGAGGGCACAAGUGUAGAGUCACUUCUGGAGACGCAUGCACUUCUUGGAUGCGUGGUGUGCUGCAGCUACUCUUGCGAGCAUGGGGAGUACGGUUUGGACAAUGAGCGCCAACGGUUCUCCGUAGAAGCCGCUGGUCUUACCUCGCUUAUCCGCAAAAAGGCAACUGCUGGCGGAGCUACACAGGGACUGCCACAAACACCCUGCAGCGAAGAUUGUUAUCUCAAUAAGCGCCCGGACAUCCAAACAAAUGGUUGGAGUGGCAAGGAGACUGCGCUACUUAGGACAGCCAUCGCGUUACUUUGCGAUACCAGCAUGCCGGCUCAGUGCUUGACUGCCACCUUCAUAAACAGACCAUGCUGGGAUGUGAAUCGACAGAUGGAAAUGCUGAACCUACAUAUGCCUAAACCAUUACCCAAGUCUCCGAGAAGGCCCAAGCCAGUUGCCUGGUACGACAGACAUAAAAAGGUGCUUAUAGGCGAUUGGCAAGAGCAGACCAUGACGCAUGAGCACCAGAUGAAAGAGCACUUUGAUCCUUGCAACCACGAGGGACCUUGCACAAGAGAGAACUGCGGUUGUGCAAGAAACAACCUCAUGUGCGACCGCUUCUGCCAUUGUACAGCUGAGACAUGUGCCAUCAAGUUCACUGGCUGCGCCUGCCAUUCGUUUGGCCAAAGUUGCUUGCCUCGACAGAAGGGAGAGAAAGGAGAGAAGCCUUGCAUAUGUGUCCAGCUCAACCGCGAGUGCGAUCCAAAUCUGUGCAAUAGCUGUGGAGCAACCGAGCGGGCAGAUCCAAGAAAUGCCAAAAAUGAUUGGUUAUACACGCAUGGCUGCCAGAACUGCGCGUUACAACGUGGCAAGUUCAAAUCGCUUCUCCCUGGCAAAUCAACGAUUGAGGGCUGUGGCUAUGGACUUUUCACAGCAGAGGAUAUUCGACAAGAUGACUUCGUGAUUGAGUAUGUCGGGGAGCUGAUCUCCCAAGAUGAAGGAGUUCGCCGUGAAGCAAGACGCGGUGAUAUCUUUGAUGAGCAACAGCAAUCAUCGUAUCUCUUCACUCUUCUCGAGCAGGAGGGCACAUGGGUUGAUGCAGCCAUUUAUGGAAAUCUUAGCAGAUACAUCAAUCAUCAAGACGAUGGCAACAUCAUGCCCCAGAUUCUCUAUGUCGGUGGAGAGUAUCGCAUCAAGUUUACCGCUCAACGAGAUAUCAAGACCGGAGAAGAGCUUUUCUUCAACUAUGGAAAAGAAUUUCCCAACCUCACGAAGCAGCUGCUAGAUAGCCAGAAAGCCAACAACGAGGCUCAUGAACAAGACCUGCGUGGAGGGAUCGAGGAACGCAUUGAUGAACCUCGAGAGGCAAGGCGUCAGAAACGGGGUCGCAGACCUAAGAAGUCAUUUGCAGUACUCGAUUCUGACAUGAUGGAUGAGGUGGACCAUGACGGUGAGGACGAAGCAGAUCAUGAGGGCGAUGAUGGGGCAGAACGCGCGGGCGAGGAGAUGCAAACUCCGCGCCGAGGAAGUGGCCCUCGCUCUCGGCGCCGUGUCGCGGCCUCUCCUCCUGCAGUUGACGUGGAGACUCCCUCCCGCACACGGAGGCUCUUCAGUCGAGCCCAGAUAUUGCGAUCGUCUGAUAAUGCGCCUACGACUAAUCAAUUCUUCCAACCGAUGGAGAAUGAUGAGCAAACAGAGACUACUUCUCCAGGUCAAACAUCUCAGCCCGGACCAAAGAAGAGAGGCAGACCCAAAAGGUUACCGCAAGACGGAGCUGCGGCGACUAACAAGAGAGGUAAAAGCGGCAGUAACAAAGUUACUCGAUCUAGAGUCGACAAGAGCUUUGACGAUGAAAGUGACACUAGCAGUACUGAUUUGAUCAGUCGGAGUCGCGUUAGGAAACGGCCCGCGAGAUACAAUGACUAA